AUGCAGGCCAAGAAGAGGUACCUGCUUGUGUCUGUAGGGGCCAGUCUUCUGCUGCUUGCCUACCUGUGGGCUCUGCAGGUUGGAGAGUUUCAACACCAGAAGCACCUCUACACGAUCUCUCAGAACCCGGCUCUGCCCAGACAGCACUGGCCCGACUGGAACCACCCUCUGCAGACCUACCUGGAUGGGGCAGAACAAGAAGUGGAUGGCCCACAGCUACUGCACCAGCACACGUCGCCACGGGAACGCCGAGAGAUCCGCAACAACAUCUACAAGAGCCGACGCUGUCGGAUGGACACCUGCUUCGACUUCAGACGUUGCGAAAACGCCUUCAAAGUCUACGUUUAUCCACUCCAGAAGAAUGAGAAGGUCUCGGAGAGCUACCAGAAGAUUCUGUCAGCCAUACAGGAGUCUCGUUUUUACACCACGGACCCCAACGAGGCAUGCUUGUUUGUCCUGGGCAUUGACACGUUGGACAGAGAUCAGCUCUCCGCUCAGUACGUCCACAACGUAAGGGCGAGAAUCCAGAGCCUCCCUCUGUGGAAUGAGGGGAGAAACCAUCUCAUCUUCAACCUCUACUCCGGCACAUGGCCUGACUACACAGAAGAGCUGGGCUUCGAUAUUGGCCAGGCCAUAUUAGCCAAAGCCAGCAUUGAUGUGGAUAACUUUAGACCGCACUUUGAUGUGUCUAUUCCUCUUUUCUCAAAAGACCAUCCUCAAAAAGGAGGUGACAGAGGUUAUUUAACGUCCAACAACAUCCCUCCCUCAAGGAAAUAUUUACUGGUUUUCAAAGGGAAGAGGUAUCUAACUGGUAUUGGCUCAGAGACCAGAAAUGCUUUGUAUCAUAUUCACAAUGGAGAUGAUAUUAUUUUACUGACUACGUGUAAACAUGGGAAAGACUGGGAAAAACAUAAGGAUCCAAGGUGUGACAAAGACAAUGAAGAAUACUCAAAGUACGACUACCAGGAGCUCCUACAUAACUCUAGUUUCUGCCUGGUGCCUCGUGGUCGGAGGCUGGGAUCUUUUCGAUUCCUGGAAGCCCUUCAGGCUGCCUGUAUCCCGGUGUUGCUGAGUAACGGUUGGGAGUUGCCAUUCUCUGAGAUCAUCGACUGGAGUAAAGCUGCUGUCAUUGGGGAUGAGAGACUUCUGCUACAGAUCCCUUCAAUUACCCGAUCUGUAGAGCGUGACAGAAUCUUGGCUCUCCGGCAGCAGACUCAGUUCCUCUGGGAUGCUUAUUUUUCCUCUGUAGCAAAAAUAGUAUUAACUACAUUAGAGAUAAUCCAGGACAGGAUCCACUCACACACAUCGAGGUCGAGGAUGAUGUGGAACGCUCUGCCUGGCGGACUCUACACGCUUCCCCACUUCUCCUCUGAUCCAUCCCUCUUUCCCUUCUAUUACUCAGUGCUGGGUAAAAGUCCGUCCCUGGAGUUUACUGCAGUUAUUCAGGUGAUGACUCCUGUGCAGUCUCAGCUGCAGCCCAUAGUCAAACUCAUCAUCGCAGUCGCCAAGUCUAAGUUCUGUGCGCAGAUUGUGGUGCUGUGGAACUGUGACAGACCCUUACCUCCCAAAAACAAAUGGCCCUCUGCCAACGUGCCUAUCAUUGUCAUCCAGGGAGAGAGCAAGAGUAUGAGUGCGCGCUUCUUUCCCUAUGACGUAAUCCUCACAGAUGCCGUCCUUAGCCUGGAUGAGGACUCUGUUUUGUCCACCAAUGAGGUUGAUUUUGCUUUCAUCGUGUGGCAGAGUUUCCCAGACAGAAUUGUUGGCUAUCCAGCCCGAAGUCAUUACUGGGAUGCUGGGAAGGCACGGUGGGGCUACACCUCCAAAUGGACCAAUGAAUUCUCCAUGGUUCUGACCGGAGCCGCCUUCUACCACAGGUAUUACCACUAUCUGUUCACUCAUUACUUGCCUCCCAGUCUUCUCCGCAUGGUGGACCACAUGGCUAAUUGUGAGGACAUCCUUAUGAACUUCCUGGUUUCUGCGGUAACGAAGCUCCCACCAAUCAAAGUCACACAGAAGAAACAGUACAAAGAGACCAUGAUGCAGCAGGGUUCGAAGACGUCCCGGUGGGCGGAUCCGGACCAUUUUGCCCAGCGACAGACCUGUAUGAACACGUUCAGCAGCUGGUUUGGCUACAUGCCCCUGAGGCAUUCUCAGAUGCGUCUGGACCCCGUGCUCUUUAAGGACCAAGUCUCCAUCCUCCGCAAGAAAUACAGGGACAUCGAGAAACUCUAG